AUGACAUCCAGAGUACUGUUGUUGGCGAGCCUUAUGGGUACUAUUCUUGCCACUCCGGAUUCCGCUUCGUUUAACAACAGUCUGGUCAAGUCUGAAGUGUUACAGCCACUUGUUGUUCCAUUACAGCCUCUCCCAGCUGAAUCUGUGGGAUCGCAGCCUAUUACAUCUCAAACAGAGGCUUCACAGCCUGUUUCAUCAAAAUAUUUGGCAAAACAGAGUAUCAUUUCUCAGACUGUGUCAUCCAAACCUUCCUUAUCCCAACCCUCUGCAUCCCAUCCUACCCCACCUAAACCUGAUUUCUCCCAGCUUCUCUUUUCAAAAGUUAGCCACUCAAAUGAUGAACAAUUAAGACCUGUGCAGCUAAGAACUAACUCAUCCAGCCAUAGCCUGUCAAAUCCUGGCUCGUCCAGUCAAUUUGAAUCGUCAGAGAACUCGUCUAGACAUAACCAAAUAAAUCCUGGCUCGUCCAGUCAAUUUGUAUCGUCAGAGAACUCGUCUAGACAUAACCAAAUAAAUCCUGGCUCGUCCAGUCAAUUUGUAUCGUCAGAGAACUCGUCUAGACAUAACCAAAUAAAUCCUGACUCGUCCGUAUCAAGCCAGUUAAAAUCCGAUGAAUCAAAAUCUUUUGAGAUCACACCUACCCCAUCCAGACCUACAUCGAUUACGCAUGAUUCAUCUAGAUUUAUCAUUUCAAAUUCUGACUCGUCUAAAUCUGUCAAAAGUACAGACCCAUCAGAGGUAACACACAUAAGGUCUGAUCAGCCUGGAUACAUCCUACUUACUCCCGAUUCAUCUAAAUCUGUUUUGUUGAGUACUGGCCCAUUCAGAUCAACACAAAUGUGGCCUGAUCUGUCUAAAUAUUCAUUGAUAAAGUCUGAUUCUUCAACAGCUGGACUAUUACGGUCUGAUUUGGCAAGACUUGGCCUGUCACAGUCUAAUCCAUCAAAACUUAUCUCCAAAAGGCCUGAAACAUCAAAACCUUUUGAAUUAAAGCCUAAUCCCUCGAGAUUAAUGCUAUUAGAUCCUCAUUCAUCGAGACUUAGCUUCUUAGGAUCUGACUCGUCCAAACCUCCACUGACAGGAUCUGAUCCAUCUGGCCCCAACUUGUCAAAUAAUGAUCAGCUCAGAUCUUCUCUAUCAGAACAUGAUGUGGUUCAGCCUGACUUGUUGACAGUUGCUCCAACGACGCUCAAUGUGCCAAGUCCUACAGCCAUCCCGUCCAAACAAAACGUAUCCAAUACUGCAUCGUCGAAGCUUGGUUCUUUCAAGCCUCUUCAGUUACUGCCUAUCGAAGAGGAAGUCGAACUUGAGAAGAGAGACGCCCUAAGUCAACAUCAAAGUUUCUCCUCAUCGAAGCCUAUCCCUGAGGAAAGCAGCUUUCUCAUAUUUCAAUUCAGCCCACGAACAUCCGAUCAGGUCCAGUUUAACCCAACACCUCCCAAAUAUGACGCAAUGGAUAACGAUGCGCUCUACUCCCUGAUUCGCCCUAAAUCCUUCAAUUCUAAAUUCUUUGACUCCGUCCAGUCCCACCCGGAUAGAGAAGAAACUCCUGAAUUCUUUGAUUCUGUCCAAUCCUCUCCAGUGGGUCGUAGACCGGCCAAGUACGGCUUCAGCUACGCGGUUAAGGACAACGAAGGAGGCGCCUCGUACGGCCACCAGGAGACCCGAGACGGCCACAAUACUCAAGGCUCCUACUACGUCCCCCUACCGGAUGGACGCCUCCAGAAGGUGACCUACUACGUCAACGGUGAUUCCGGCUUCGUAGCCGAGGUCUCCUACGAGGGCGAGGCAAAAUACCCCCCUCCACGGCCAGCUUACCAGCCUGUCUACAAGCCCGUCUCUCGCCCUUCUUACAGGCCUGAUCCAGCCUACUGGCUCGGCCCAGCCUACAGGUCCGACUCGGAGGACAACUCUGACCUAGAGUCUGCUCAGGACUCUACCACUAGUUCAGAAUACAGGUCCUCCCCGGACUCUUCCUCUAGUCCAGAGUACAGGUCCUCCCCGGACUCUUCCUCUAGUCCAGAGUACAGGUCCUCCCCGGACUCUCCCUCUAGUCCAGAGUACAGGUCCUCCUCGGACUCUUCCUCUAGUCCAGAGUACAAGUCCUCCCAGGACUCUUCCUCUAGUCCAGAGUACAGGUCCUCCCCGGACUCUUCCUCUAGUCCAGAGUACAGGUCCUCCCCGGACUCUAACUUAUCUUCAAAUUACAAUUCUGUUGCGGACUCUCGCUCUGCAUCAGAGUAUAGAUCACAUCCGGAUUCUCACUAG